ACUAAAUUCUCUGUAUUCAGACACAUCAGAUGACAAAACUUUCAGUUUAAAACAUAGCAACAGCUUCAAAAUCAUUCGAAAAUAGUUUUGGGAAUUCCAUCAUCGCAGAAACGGGCCCCGUAAAUUUCGUUGGCGUUCUUCACAUUUCCAAGAAAGACACUUGCUGCUCCACAUUUGCAGCGUUAAAAUACAGUCGUAAGAACUCUAUAGGACGACGAGGUAAAUCGGCGCAAGCAAAGCAAAACCCGUAAACUCGACAAUUACACCAGCGAAAUGGCGGAAGGCGGCAGUAAGCGCAUCAACGUGGUUGUGAAAACGCCAAAGGACAAGAAGACGGUCGAGGUUGAUGAAGAUUCUGGAAUAAAAGAUUUCAAAAUUCUCGUCGCACAAAAGUUCGAGUCGGAGCCGGAGCAGCUGGUGCUCAUCUUCGCCGGCAAGAUCAUGAAGGACACGGACACGCUGAAGAUGCACAACAUUAAGGAUAACCUGACGGUGCAUCUGGUGAUCAAGGCGCCGACGCGGAGCAAUGAGCAACCGGCCCGCGCCCCGGCUGACGUCCGUCAGACACCAUUUGGCCUGAACCAGUUCGGCGGACUGGCCGGAAUGGAGGCGUUGGGCGCCGGCUCGAAUACGUUCAUGGACCUGCAGGCGCGCAUGCAAAAUGAGUUGCUGCGCAAUCGCGAACUGCUGCGCACCCUAAUGGACAAUCCGCUGGUGCAGCAGAUGAUGAAUAACCCAGAGACGAUGCGUCAGCUGAUCACUUCGAAUCCGCAGAUGCAGGACCUGAUGCAACGCAAUCCAGAGAUUUCGCACAUGCUCAAUAAUCCGGACCUGCUGCGCCAGACCAUGGAGUUGGCCCGCAACCCAUCCAUGCUGCAGGAGCUGAUGCGAUCUCACGAUCGUGCCAUGUCCAACCUAGAAUCGGUGCCGGGUGGCUUUAGCGCCCUGCAGCGCAUCUAUCGCGACAUCCAGGAGCCUAUGAUGAAUGCGGCCACCGAGUCCUUUGGCCGCAAUCCUUUCGCCGGCCUGGUCGAGGGUGGCGGUACUGCCGCCGGCGUCAACCCGCAGCAGGGCACCGAAAAUAGAAAUCCUCUGCCAAAUGCCUGGGGCGGCGUCGGUACGGCUCUUAAUGGUACUGGCACGGGAUCUGGAACUGGCGCCGGCGGUAAUCGCACCGGCGGUGAUCUGCCGCCAAACAAUAUCAUGAAUACGCCGGCCAUGCGCAGCCUGCUGCAGCAGAUGGCUGACAAUCCGGCAAUGAUGCAGAACCUGCUCAAUGCGCCGUACACGCGUUCCAUGAUGGAGUCGAUGUCGCAGGAUCCAGAGAUGGCGUCACGUCUGCUGAGCACCAGCCCGCUGCUGUCGAACAACCCCGCCCUGCAGGAGCAGGUACGCCAAAUGAUGCCACAGUUCAUGUCCCAGAUGCAAAAUCCGGAAAUGAUGAACAUGCUGACCAAUCCGGAGGCAAUGAACGCCAUCCUGCAGAUCGAGCAGGGCAUGGAGCAGCUGCGAAGCGCGGCCCCGGGCUUUGUCGGCACCCUGGGCAUCCCGCCACCGCCUCCAGGCGUCAACUCCGCCUCGGAUCCGGCCAGCGGUGAUACCAACAGCGGUGCCACCGUCAACAAUAUCUCCGCCAACAGCGGCACUAAUGCUACUAGCAACCCGGCUGCCGGUGGCCCCAGCCUGGCCCCUGGCGGCGGUCCAAAUGCGCAGCUCUUUAACGACUUCAUGAUGCGUAUGCUGAACGGCAUGUCCAACAACACGGACAGCACGCAGCCGCCAGAGGUGCGCUACCAGUCACAGCUGGAGCAGCUGGCCGCGAUGGGCUUUGCCAAUAGGGAAGCCAACUUGCAGGCUCUGAUCGCCACCUUCGGGGAUAUUAAUGCGGCGGUGGAACGCCUGCUUUCCCUUAACCAGUUGUCCCUGAGUUAACAACGUUAAGCCAUUUCCAAAUUGUACACACAACCUGUCUAAAUAUCUACGAACUACAACUAUAUCUACCACUAUAUAGCCCUGGAAAACGCGAAUGAGAACUAGAACGAGAAUAAGAACGAGAGCGAGAGAACGAAGACGACGAGAAAGGGUUGCGAAAACGGGCACGGAUACGGGCAAACUCCAAAUACCAUUCCCACAUUCCCUCGAGGUCUGCAAACACACACACCGACAACCAAUUCCACAACGUCAGCAGCACUACGCUGACAGCUUAUUCCUACAUCAAGCCAGAAGUGAAUCCCUGAAUACUAAACGCCGCGACACCAUAAAGCAUCUCAGACAAACAUCAUCCUUGCAGGAACACAGAAACAAAGGAGCUCCAGUAGCAUGGCAUAACUUGACGAAGACAAGAGAAAUCUAAACGAUAGAUUGCAUACCAAAGUGUCAUUGGUUGCUUGGCUAACAUAUAUUUCUUUUCUUUUUAACUGUUUGCAUCUGUGGGCAGAGCAAACGGAGAGGGAAAAUGUUCGCAUAUAUGCAAGCCAUGGGCAUACACAGCACCCAGCACACACAUCACACUCUAUGCAUUGCCGAGGGAGAACUUCAUUGUUUUCUAGUAAAUUUCAACCAUACUUGUGGACCCUGCUUUUGUUUAUCACUAUUUAGUAAAAUAAAACCAUGCGACAUCCAA